AUAAUUUGAAAUGUGCUUGACAUUUCAAACUAUUGACCAUCCAGCUUUAGCCGUACUUGACAUAUCCAAGAUUGCAAUGAUUUUUUCAAAAUGGCGCAUUCUCUCCAAGAUUAUUUUUUUGUGAAUUUUGGAUUAUCAAUCAAUAAUUUAGCUCUUUAUUAAUAUCGGGGUCUAUGUCUAAUUACCCUGCAGCUGCACUAGUAAAAGAACGAGGCACGAGCUGAACCCUUUUGGGCAGAACGCGCAUGCACAAGUCUGAGGGUGAGGGUGUGCCAGCCACAGAAAAUUUUUUAUUCCCUGUAUACCCCAUUGAUUGAGAGUCUUCCUAAUGGAACAUCCCAAAAUGUUGAGCGUCACUGCAUCGGCUGUUAUCUGAUUUCUGCCAAUCUUGUUCUUCCCAGGCCCAGUUUCCGAGCUCCCUCUUCCAAUAAAUUAACGUUUACAGUAGUUUUUAUAUAAGUACCUUUAUAAAUUUUUAAAUAAAAUGCACGGUGGUGGUGAUGAUCCUUCCGAACAUUACGCCGCAAACCGCCAUACAGUUCCACCUGUAAUUGCAAUCAUCUUUAUCAUGUUUAUAUUUAGUUUGUAUGGAAUCGUUUAUUUGAUUGAUGGUAUUUUUCCCAACCCAUUAUAUAUUAUUGACGAGAAAGACAAUCCCGCUGCGUUCAUUGCGGAACGCGUGCAACAAGAUCUUAAAGAGUUUACAGAGAUUGGCCCGCGUAUUAUCGGUAGCUAUGAGAAUGAAGUGACGGCUGUGGACUAUUUACGGCAAAAAAUACAAGAGGUUAAGCAAGAGGCAAAUGCCGUUCAGAAAAUGGAGGUGGACGAACAGGUAGCUUCCGGUUCUUAUCUUGUAGACAAGGGAUUUGUGAGCGUUUACGACAAAGUGCAAAAUGUGCUUGUAAAGUUGCACUCUUCAAACCACUCGCGACAUACGCUUCUGAUUAAUGCACAUUUUGACUCUGCUCCGGGUACAUCCGGUGCUGGUGACAAUGGCGUAAAUUGUGCAACCAUGUUGGAGCUUCUACGAAAAUUAUCCUGAUCCACAAAACUUUACGAGCACAACAUAGUGUUUCUUUUCAAUGGUGCUGGCGAAAUGUGGUCACAUGCGGUGCACGGUUUUGUAACGCAACACAAAUGGGCAAAAGAGGUCAGUGCUUUCAUCAAUUUGGACUCGGUGGGCGUAGGUGGAAAAGAGACGCUCGUUCGUGUUGGACCAAAUCGUCCGUGGUUCUUGUAUUACUAUCAGAAGGUACCGCGCCCUCGCACCUUAGCGUGUGUCGAAGAAUUGCUGCAGUUCGGCUUUGUACCUCUAGGUGCCGAUUUUAACAUGAUGAAAGAUUAUGGAAAUACAGUCGGUGUGGAGUUCACGUUUUUUCGUAACGGUUAUAAAUUUCACACUAGGUUUGACGAUUAUGCUAGUGUACCGAUAGAGUCAAUUCAGCAUGUAGGAGAUAAUCUUUUAACACUAGUUCAAGGGUUAGCCGACGCGCAGGAGUUGAAGCCUUUAGGCCAAACAGUAGACAAGGUUAUAUUUUACGAUUUUUUUGAAUUAUUUGUGAUUCAUUACACGGUUGCAAUUGCUUCAUUAAUCCACAUCGCCGUCUCAUCUUUAUCUAUAAUCGUGGCACUUAGGAAUCUCCACAGUUUUGGUCUGAGAUUAUGUCGACAAUCAUUAAUUUACCUGGGAUUAAUGUCUACAGCGAUUAUAACUGGUUGGUUCACUGCCGCAAUAUUCAUAGCGUUUAUAGCAUUACUAAUUGACGGAUUUGAAUAUAAUUUAAGCUGGUACAACAAUCGAUUAAUAAUUUUUGGAUUGUACGUAAUUCCGACAAACAUCUGUAUUUUUUCUAUUACUUUGAUUUUCAAUUAUUUUAAUGAUAAGAACACAUUCAGUAUUGGAGCUCGCACACAAAUUCAAUUGCAUCUUUUAAGACUGAUAUGGACAAUGGUGUUAUUAGUAGGGACUAUGGCACAAUUUAGAUUCAUCUAUGUGAUACUUAUUCCGAUUACUUUUCAAAUAUUUACAUUUGGGUUGAUCGAAAUGUUUGGAGUACGUCAUACAAUGAAAAAGUGGCUGAUUUUAUACAUUUUGGGUAUGGUGUUGCCAACGAUGUUUUUAAUGCAGCACACCUUACAGAUAGUCAUAAUUUUAAUCUCGGUUUAUGGUCGUUCGGGACCAGAUAAAAAUUCUGAAGUUCAUUUGGGCAUUCUUAUAGUUGUCUUAACAAUUCUAACCAUAUCAUAUUAUAUGCCGCUAAUUACUUUAGUGCGGAAACCAAUGGCAUUAGUGAUGACAUUAACAUUAAUAUUCGUAAUAUACAUUAUAAUCUUAAUGACUCCAUUUGGUUUCCCAUAUAGCGGCAAUCCGGAAAGUCCGGCACCCCAGAGGUAUUAUAUCUAUCAUACCAAAAGGAUAUUUCGUAACGAUUCAAACGAAAUUUUUAAAAACGAUUCCGGAUUUUACCUACUCAACUCAGACCGCAAUUCGCCGAAUAAUUUGAAGAAAUACAUAACAGAGUUGAGUGACAUUAAGUCAUUAAGUGAGGAUUGUGAUCGUAGUCUAUUUUGUGGACUUCCGUUAGUGAACACUAAAUUAAUUCCUACAUUACGGGAUAGUACAUGGAUACCGAGUGAUGAGCCGAAGAUUCCGGAACCGAUCAGUUUGCAGCUUAUCUCCAAAACAUAUCUGUCAGAUACAUCUAUUCGUUAUAAUUUUACUCUUUCAGGUCCCAAUCACGUCGGUGUGUACAUUUCACCAAAACGAAACAUUAAUGUAUUCGAGAUACGUCUAUUUCCAAAAACGCAAAUGGAGCCGAUCUUUUGGAACGGACGGCCCGCUUAUAUAAUAUUGUUUUCUUGGUUAAAAUCAAGGUCAUCGUUGAACUUUUAUAUAGAUUUCGAGACACCGUCGAAUUGGACUAACCCUACUUUUGAUGUAGCUCUAACUGCGAGAUAUAUAAAUGAUAAGACGUUUGUAAAGAUUUCCAAGUUUACUCAAUUUUUAGAAGAAUUUCCUAAGUGGACUGAUGUCGUUGCGGCGUUAGCAACAUACGAGUCGUGGGUGUAUUGAGUGAUUGGGUAAUUCAUAUAGUCUUAGUAUUAAAAGUUGCUCGAAUCAAUCUUCUUAUUAGAACUUAAUUAAUUCUCAAUCGAUGCUCUCUUGUACUGUUCGAAAAUUCAAUCAUUAUAUGCUAAGGUUAACUUUGUUAUUGUAGGGAUUUAAGCUUAAGGAAAAUAUUUACGAAAAUUUUCAUAUUUAUGAGCUACUGCUGUGUAAUAUCUUGUAAUCAAAAUACAUACCUACAUACAUUUCAAUGUACUCUCUUCAUAUAAAUACAGUUUUUUAAUUGUAA